CUUUUUCGGCAGAGGCGGGAGCGCGGAAAGAGGCGCAGCCGAAGUGGAGCGCGAAGAGAGAAGGUGCUCGGGAGCGCUCGGCAUCACACUGCGAGGAAAAUGCGUUUUCGGCCACCCGUCAUCUCCGUGCAACGCGUCUGCCAAAAAACCGCAAACAUCCUCGAUAUACUGAAGGACAGUAAUUCACUGAGCUCUUAAUUCCCAUUCUCUGCAUAGUAGCAAGUGUCUGGAUACUUUUCCGUAAUAACGGAUUACCUGAGCAAACUUACAAAGGCUGCUGCAAAGCACUUGGAGAGGUGCUGAAAAAACGACAAUGGAUCUUCGGCUCCUUGCUUUGUGGACUGUCAUAAUUGGUAUGGCGCAGUGCUGCCCAGAGUCAUGCAUCUGUCAAGACAAAUAUGCUCAUCAGUUUGCUGAUUGUGCUUACAAAGACCUGCUGGCAGUACCUGUAGGACUACCAUCCAAUGUGACAACCCUCAGUCUUUCUGCUAACAAAAUCACCCUGCUGAAAUCAAAGUCCUUUGCGAAUGUCACUCAAGUAACUUCGCUGUGGCUGGCACACAAUGAGAUUGUCACUAUAGAAAGUGGCACUCUGGCACCUCUGGUCCAGUUACGGAACCUGGAUCUCAGCCACAACAAAAUUGUGAACUUCCCUUGGGAAGACCUCUACAACCUCUCUGCCUUGCAGCUGCUAAAAAUGAACAACAACGAAAUGGUCAAUCUGCCCAAGGAUGCAUUCGCCACUCUGAAAGAUCUGAGAUCACUCCGUAUCAAUAACAACAAGUUUACAACAAUUGUGCAGGGGACAUUUGAUGCCCUGAGCUCCAUGUCACACCUUCAGAUCUACAACAAUCCUUUCACCUGUUCGUGCACCCUAGAAUGGUUAAGGGACUAUAUUGCUGAAACCAAAAUUUCUAUUCCCGAGCAGAAUUCCAUUGUCUGCGAGUCCCCUGCACAGCUGAAGGGGACAUUAUUAAUGAAAGUACCUAAGUUAGAAUGCUUGGCUCCAACCGUUAGCAUAAGCUACCAGCCCAACAUUGAAAAUACUGAGCUCUAUGAGGGUUUCAUGUUGAUCUUGAACUGUGAGACCAAGGGCAACCCUAGACCAAAUGUCGCGUGGAAGAUCCGUGCGGGAAACCAAGACAUUGAGCUCAGUUUACCAGGUACAACGAAUGAAAAAAAUGACCUGCCUGUGGAUACUAAAAUGGCUGAUAAUCGCUUCUUGGUGUUUCAAAAUGGCACCCUCAUCAUCCCCCGUAUGAGCAAGAAGGAAGACGGAAACUACAGCUGCUCAGCCGUCAAUGAGUUGGGAAAAGCUGAGAGCACUGUAAAAGUGGUAGUUGCAGGUACUAAGAAGCAGGCAAAAAAUUCCAUGCUUGAUCCCACGGGACAGAAGAUCAGUCCAGCUGGACGUGUGCCUGGUCCUAAGACCUCAAAAAACAGUGUGAUAAAUUGGCCUACGUCUGAGGAAAAGAGGAAGAUCAUUCCGACUGGGUCAACUUAUAUCACUGUGGAUACUGCAGAGACUGGCAAGAGUCCUAUGGAACCAACGUUUGCCAGCAAAUGUGGCAUAAGUGAUGGCACCCUGUACAUUUCUAACCAUGCAUUCAAUAUGAGCUUAGAUGAGCUAAAGCAGUACACCUUUGAUUUUGGAGUCAUUGCGCUGGAAGUGUCAGAGACUGAGGCUAAGGUUCAGUUGAAUCCUCUGCACCUACCUAGUGCUAAAACUAAUCUGCACCUCAGCCCAUCUCAGGAGCUCGAAACUGUGAAUAAAGAACCAUCCAAUUUGUACCAGGCAUCCCCUAAAAAGCUGCCACUUGACAUGUUGUACUUAUGUGUGAAUACUGGCAACGGACACUCUGUGGUUCAGUGGUCCAAGAUCGAAGAUGGCAUCAAUGCUUAUCGUUUCCAAGGCUUACAGCCGGGCACAAAUUACACACUCUGUCUCACCUAUGGCGGCUCCGAUUGCCACGUCCAGGUUGUUUUUACCACCAGGAAAAAAAUCCCUUCCUUGCUCAUCAUAGUUGUGGUCAGUGCAUUUUUGCUGGCCCUAGCCACGGUUCCCCUGCUGGGGGCUACCUGCUGCCAUUUACUGUACAAAUACCAAGGCAAGACAUAUAAACUGAUCAUGAAGACACAAAAUCCAGAUCAGAUGGAGAAGCACAUGGCUGCUGACUUUGACCCCAGGUCGUCCUUUGUUGAGUCUGAGAAGAACUUCAACCCAAGUGAGCAAGGUGAGGGAGAAGGGGAGGAAGGUGAGGGAGAAGGGGAGGUUGAAGGCAGCGUAGUGGCCGACUCCAUCGUGGGUUCGCAGUCCAAAACCAACCAGGAAGAGUUUGAAGUGGGUUCCGAAUACAGCGAUCGAUUACCGCUUGGGGCAGAGGCCGUGAAUAUCUCCGAAGAGAUCAACGGCAAUUAUAAGCAGCCAGCUCGCUGACAGCUUGGCUGGACAGAGUCAGCAACACAGCUCCUCUCAGACAAGUUUGAAACCAGGUAAUUUACCCAUCAUAUCAUAAUGUGCAGACGACCUGCCUGAAGCAUUUGGCGAGAGUCGCCAGCGAUCAGCUAAGAAUCGAUUAUGAUGUAUUAUAUGUCCCCGUGAGAAACCAAGUAUUUAAACGCUCUUUAUGGGAAUGUCUGACAUAAAGCGAAGGUACAUUUCUCGGAGGGAGCACCUUGCUUGCGGAGAAAGCGCCCUGUGUGUGAACACACCUGUAUAAAGACAUCAGACAUCGUUUGCGUCUUGAACUAGAGGCACUUUUGUCGUUUGUCAUUUAAUCGUUGCCAUUGAUUGAUGUAGUAAAAUGAAGAUGAAAAAUAAGUGAGAAGACAAUGAGGGAAAAAAUUUGCCUUUAGUUCUAUAAUGUAGGGGAGCAAAGGCUAGUCGUUUUAGGGCUGUUUCCGAGGGUUGCUGCGCUCACAUGCGGCACUUCCCUGCGUCUGUGCGUUAAUAUAUUGAUUAUUGAUAAUUAUGUAAAAUGUAAAAAAAAGGCGGGAAUUUCACUUUUACCGAAACCAGGGGCAAUUUCCAAGAAAACCACCAACAGACAGACAAGCUUGGUUCAAUAACUCCACAAAGGCGUGAUUUUAACCUCUUUACAAUCAACUGGUGCUUCACAUCUUCCUCGCUUUUCUCGGAUUAUAAACGUGUCCUCUCUUUUCUAGAGAUGUUGUCCGUAGCAUGUCACACAUAUGUAUUUUCAUGUGUGUUUUUGAUAGCAUAUUAGGAAGUAUAGAUAUACUUAAUGUCAUGAUGUGAUGUAAAGCCCGGUAUUAAAAAAAAAAAAAAAAACGAACAUGUUCUCCUAUUUGUCUAUGAAAAUAAAAAAGGUCAGUUUAACGCUGACGAAAAAAGUAAUGUAAUGCAUCCGAGCAAAUCACUGGCUUCAGGUGUGCUGUAAAUCGACUCCGUCAUUGUUGGCUUUAAUCGACUAUGUCCGACGAUAUUUUAAAGAUCCCUUUUAACCUUUUUGAUAUAAUUUUAUGUACGUGAAGUAAAUAAUAAAGUUCUUGGAAAAGGGAACACUGUGUGGUCCGUUUCCGUGACGAAAUCUUCCCUUAAGUGCUAGUUUUUCACUGUAAUGUUUUUUUUUUUGAAUGUGCAAAGCUCAAAAAUCUUCGAUUGCCACAAGACAAAUAAAAUAUUUCAGUUUCCAAAAGUGGGAAAACAGCUGGUAUUUGACUGCACGUAGCGCGUUAUUGCUGGGCGUUGUCCGGCUCGUGGCCACACUGAUAUUCAUAACUGAAUUAUAGCCCAUCAUCAUGUUAUGAACUGGAGCACGUAACACACUACCAGUACACUGUACAGCACCGCCUUCGGUAGAACCAGGGGUUGUGACCCUCCCAAGUCAAUAUACCCCUGUGGUCCUUUGUUCUUCUUGCCGGAGUCUCGCGCUUUGCCUUCUUUUCUCACCAUUCCAUCAUUUUGCCAGAAACAAAUUGGGCUCAAUGCCUGGAGAACCUGCAAUCGGCACUAAUUUAAAAACCUAAAAACUGACUGUUAAACGUUUCAUGCAUGUUAAGUUUUUUUCCCCUCCCCAAGACCAGUUAUAUUAAGACUUAAGUGUAUUGUUCUAAACACCACUGAAAAAGAAAGCGACUGACUGCUAAGAUGUAAAUCUAGGUAGUUACAAAAUAGCUAAGAGGUUACCAUUUAUUAUGUUUAAUUUCUGAAAUAAGCAUCACAUCUGCAUCCAUCCUAGUGAAAAUGUGAGGACACUUGAUGGCCAGUUGGCACACGGAGCAGUCCGCCACGCUGACGGGUGGAAUGGCGCUGUCCCUCUUCCUUGUAGCAUCCUACGUUUAAAACUAUGCAGUGUCUUUUAUGCUGAUCAAUAUACCACCUGUUGAAACCACACGGUAUGAAAACAUGGGAGAGAGGAGGG